AUGCGAGAAGCCGCUGCCCAGUAUAAAAAACAAAUAGCUACAAAGGCAAAACAGGCGCGGGAAAUUGCAAAAGUUGCCCGCGAGAAGGAACGGGAGGCUAAGGCUGCACAACUUGCUGCCACGCGCGCCCAAAAAGAACAAAAUCGGCUUGCUGCAACAACAAAAAAAUCUCGCGAUAAGCAAAGUACACCUAAACGAAAAGCUUCAUCGUCGCAGAAUACAAAAACAGCAAAACGUCGUCGUGUGGUGGGCUGCGAGAGUGGUGAUGGAGUUGCACCGCCGCCCGCCAAGCCCUCCACCAAAACCACCACCCGCGGCCGCAAUAUAAAGUUACCAGCGAAAUAUAUAUAG